UUUUUUUUAUUUUUUUUGUCGUCCUUAAAAAAAAUUACUCGGAGGACUAAAUUGGUGGAAGCCGCCGCCCCCAAGCCCUAGCCUUCGUCUUCCUCCUCCUCCUCCCUCGUCUUCGCCUCCUUCCACUUUCUUAGCGUUAGGGUUAGGGUUAGGGCUAGGGCUAGGGCUCUCCUCCAUUGUCAUUCGUGCUUUUGCCCUAACUGAGCAAACCCUAGGGCGGCGCGCCGCGCGGUUGUGGGACGAUAGGUUGAUUCGUCCUGAAGGAAUCGGAUCGGAUCGGAUCGCCCGAACCNCGGGGAAGCUCGACUGAUCUCUGGGCGUCGACCGUCAUCGAGACCCAUCGGUCGAUCGAUCUUGAAGGAGAUCGAUGGCGCCUCUUUACUACGUGAUCGUCGCGUUCCCUUGUACGGUGGCGGCAAUAGCCCUGGCGAUGUCGCACAUCUAUCGCCACCUCCUCAAUUACACGGAGCCCAUCUUUCAGCGCUACAUUGUUCGCAUCAUCUUCAUGGUCCCGGUUUAUGCACUGAUGUCCUUCUUAUCACUUGUCUUGAAUGAAAGAUCAAUUUAUUUUAAUUCAAUCCGCGAAGUCUAUGAAGCUUGGGUCAUCUAUAAUUUUCUUUCACUCUGCUUAGCAUGGGUUGGAGGCCCUGGUGCUGUGGUAUUAAGUUUAAGUGGACGAGCUCUGAAACCUUCCUGGUAUCUUAUGACAUGCUGCUUCCCUACUAUACCACUUGAUGGACGCUUUAUCCGGAGGUGCAAGCAAGGGGCUCUACAAUUUGUGAUUCUGAAGCCCAUUUUGGUUGUCAUUACAUUCAUACUGUAUGCAAAAGGAAAAUAUGAAGAUGGAAAUUUCAGUGCUGAUGAGGGCUAUCUUUAUAUUACAAUUAUCUACACCCUCUCAUACACGAUAGCUCUCUAUGCACUUUUCUUGUUUUAUCUAUCAUGCAAAGAUCUGCUUCGACCAUAUAAUCCUGUGCCGAAGUUCAUUCUGAUCAAAUCUGUCGUCUUUUUGACAUAUUGGCAGGGUGUUUUGGUUUUUCUUGCUGCGAAGUCUGGUUUUAUAAGAGAUGCAGAAGAAGCUGCUGAUUUGCAGAAUUUUGUGAUAUGCGUGGAGAUGCUUGCUGCAGCUGUUGGGCACCUCUAUGCUUUCCCUUAUAAGGAGUAUGCAGGUGCCAACAUUGGCGCAUCUCGUGGUUUUACUGGAAGCCUGGUACAUGCGUUGAAGUUCAGUGACUUGUACCAUGACACAGUUCAUCAGUUUGCACCGACCUAUCAUGACUAUGUGCUGUACAAUAAUAAUGAUAGUGACGAGGGAGCAACGAAAUACCGAUCUCGCACUUUUGUGCCGACUGGCCAUGAGAUGGAUGCUGUGAGAAGGAACAAAUAUGCGAGUGGAGGUAGGCUGGACGAGGUACAACUCUCGAGUGUCUCUACAUCAGGUUCCAACAGCCCAGCUACGACAAAUCCAUCACAGAACAAAACAGAUUUCGAAGCUAUCAAGUCUUCAUUGCUCAAGGAAUCCUCCGCUUCUUCGGCUAAGCCAUACGACCUCUCGCUAUUAAUCGACUCGGAUCUAACCAACUACCCCGCCAAGGUUCCUGCAGCAAAGCCAGGUGAACAACAAUGACCGGGAAUAGAGUGAGCAUUAAUCGAGCGGUAGGAAGGACAUAUUUCCACAGAUAAUGUCAAUAUUUGUUAAGUCUGGCUAUUGUGAUUGCUGAGAGCUUUUAGACCCACAUACAACAUCUAACCUCCUGGUCUAUGGAAUGACAGAACCGCACUAAGAAAAUCGCUUCCCAAGAUUGGUAAAUGUUUGCUCAUUGUCAUUGUGUACUAUAUGCGUUUGUAUCUCUUGCAUAUUCUUCACUCAGACUUAUCUGAUCUGUUGAGAUAAAUAUUGAGAAUAUUGCUUCUUUGUCCUGGUCGCAGUGAUUUUCCAAUGUGAGAUAGGGAUUGAUUACAGGUGUUGUAAUUUUUUUUAACGAACUCAUGUCUUCUUAAUGCGUUGUAUUUGUUGUAUUUUAUUUUUUAUUAUCUAUUUAUUUA